AGUUGGUUGGUGUGUGGUGGUGGAAGCAAAGAGAAAGCAACACUCCCGUACCGCAGAGAGCGAGGCAGCUAACUGUUGUUGAGAAUUGGGAAAGAAACAGAGCAAGAAGAGAUGGAAGGCGAGUCUCAUAAGAGAGUCUUAGUGACGUUCGAUGUCGAUGGAACUUUAAUCCGUAGCACCGGUCCUUCAUCAAACCGACUUCACCGUCGAGCUUUCUCUCACGCUUUCCUCCAUGUUUUCGGCAUCGAAGGAACUAUUGACGUGAUUGAGCAUCAUGGACAAACUGAUCCUGCAGUGAUUAUGAACACGCUCGUGCACUACGGCGUACCAUCUGAUGUGGCUUCUGAAAAAUUGCCUGUUCUAAAGUCAAGUAUGAUAGAGUAUGCUCAAGAGCAUGCCAAAGACGUUGGAGAGGGGCUAGAGGUGCUUCCUGGAGUUGAAUCGCUCCUUCAAGCAUUAUCAUCUGAAGAAAAUGUUGCCAUAGGCUUGGUUACGGGUAAUUUGGAAGAGAUUGCAUGGAUGAAGAUGGAAGGUUUGGGUAUCAAAAAAUACUUCACAGCCCCCAAUUUCGGAGGCUUUGGAAGCGAUCACAUUGAUCGAGGACACCUUGUAAAGAUUGCAGCAGAGAGGGGCAAGAAUCUUUUCCCUGGGGGAUUUGACCUGCGAGUUCAUGUUGGAGAUACACCAAAUGAUAUUCGUGCUGGCGAGUUUGGAGGUGCCCUGGCAGUAGGAGUUUGCACAGGUGUAUUUAGUAAAGAGCAGCUGGAACAGGUGAGCACUGGAGGUGCAGUCAUUCUUGCAGAUCUUUCUGACAUUAAAGGCUUCAUGAUGUUGCUUGGCAUCCAAAUUUAAAAGCUUAUUUACUGGUAUUCCUUUUAUGUUGAAAGCCAAGUAAUGACUCUUUCACAAAUUAUGUCAUUUGCUCUAUACAAAGUAACUAUUAUAAGUUGCUUCCUGGCUUAGUGAUAGUUUUGGAAAUGCUUAGAAUAUUGUAGUAUCUGAUAUUGUGA